GCUUCGUAUUCUGCUCACGGUCACCUUGAUCAAAUCCACUACUUUGCCAAAGUCCGCUGGGACAGGCUCCUCCAUGAUGUCUAAAGAAAAAACAGAUUGUUGGCGGAAUCAUAUCUUGAAGAGAACAAGAACAUAAGUCCGUCAGACGUGCAUUCCCGCAGAGCUUAAAUCCACACUGAAGAAGAACAGGAGGAGGGAUGGGGUGUGUUGGUGACGUCUGGCCAUCCAUUCCCAGUGGGUGGAGACUCCACAGAGAAACUAUACAACAGUGAUGCUACCAAGAAAUGGAUGUCCCUCCAAAAUGGAUGAAAUAACAAGAAGAAAACCCAGAGUGUCCAAGCAGCCUGAUAUCAGGAGCUGCAGGAAUUUCAGAUCGUCUGAGUCCUCCGUUGGACAUCCAGUUGGAGAGCGUCAACUGCAGUGCCUUCAGCGUGCGAUGGAAGAUGCCACGGAGACAUGUCAGCACCAUCACCGGAUACAAGAUAUUCUACACUGAGUUGAAAAAUGGCCGUCCCCUAGGUACAGCCUCUGUAAAGGAUGUCCCUCUUAGUGUGGAUAUGCUGACUACGGGCCAAUUUGAUGGACAGGCAAAUUUUGAUGUGGAUAUAGGUAACCUAAAGGUGAACACCAAGUACCGAGUGAGCGUCGGUGCCUACGGUUGGGCCGGCGAGGGUCGACCCAGUAUGCCCCGAGACGUCGGCACGGCCUCACAUGAUACGUGCAUGCCACCUUCUCCCCCGACCGAGCCCAUCGUUGUGGCGAUAUCCGACACGGAGUUGGCGUUGUCGUGGCAGCAAGGGGAGAGCGAGGGCAGCGCGCCCAUCCGCCACUUCCUGGUUGCUUACAUCAGGCCGGAAAUGGACACGGAGUGGACAUACAUCCGUGAGCCCAUCGAGAGCAACUCCAUGGUUAUGAAGGGCCUCAUACCCGAGACCGAAUACCAGUUUGUCGUCCGAGCCGUCAACGUGCACGGGGCGAGCCCGCCAAGCCACGUCAACAAUCCGGUGCGCACCCUGGGAGCCUCAGACGUGGGCAGCGGUGAUUACGGACGUUACUUCACGGAUACGCAGAUCAAGGACGAUGACGGUUUUGACAUGGACGACUCAGACUAUGAUAUAUUUAUUGAGGAACUGAAGCCGUUCCCCGGUAUCGGCCAAGACAGCGGCAAGUCGCAGCUUCGCUCUCGUUCUGGUCCGUCGGGUCAGAACAUUGUGUACCGCAUGAACACCGUGGCAUCCCCCAAUUCCACAACGUUACCUUCAGCUUCUCCCUCCACCACCACUUCCACCACUACGUCAGCCAUCUUCCCGGAUUUCUCAGAUCUGAUUUUUCCUACCAGCGCAGAGCGCGAGGUCAUAACCACUACCACCACCACUUCAAGCACGGCUACGGCUGCACCCACCACCGCUGUCACCAUGUCCCAGUGGAAGGGCGGCGUCCCUCGAGUGUACCAACUGACUUGUGAUGACACCGUGUGCCCCCCUGACAGCUUUUGCCUUGCAGACUUGGAAAGGGGAGGCUCGAGAUGCCACUGCAACCUCGGACGUGCCGGUGACACUUGUGCUCAAGAGGUGUCCGUCAAGUUUCCCAGGUUCCAUGGCUACUCCCACAUGACCUUUGAACCCCUGAAGAACUCCUACCAGACCUUUCAGAUCUCGGUGGAGUUCAAGGCGGAUGCAGAGGAUGGCUUACUGUUGUACUGUGGUGAGAACGAACACGGCCGCGGCGACUUCGCCUCUUUGGCCCUGCUGCAAGGCAAGCUACAUUACAGGUUUAACUGCGGAAAAGGCGCCGCUCAGAUCGCCAGUGAGAGCCGCGUGGUCAUCGGUCAGUGGCAUACGGUCACCAUCUUCAGGGAUGGUACAAGUGGCUGGUUGCGGCUGGACAAUGACACGCCCAUAUCUGGUCGAUCACCGGGCCAGUUCAGCAAGAUCACGUUCCGCUCACCGCUCUAUGUCGGCGGAGCUCCGAACGCUUACGGGCUGGCGAGAGCGACGGGCGCCACUGGAGGCUUUAUGGGCUGCAUCCAAAGCUUGAGCCUCAACGGCAUGGCUACCGACGUCAGACCGUGGCCGCUGGGCAGAGCGCUGAGCGGCGCUGACGUAGGCGAGUGCAGCGAGAGCGUGUGCGACGUAGUGAGCUGCGGAAACGGCGGCAAGUGCCUUGCCAACCGUGCCGACGGCUUCAUCUGCCUCUGUCCGCUUGGCUUCAGGGGAGAACUGUGCCAAGAUAGCUUCUCUCUGUCCUCACCGCUCUUCAACGAGACAAUGUUGUCUUACGCUGUGGUGCCAUGGCCUCAGCCCUCCCAGAGCUACUUGUCCUUCAUGGAGUUCGAGAUGACAUUCCGACCGUCAGCGCCCGAUGGCACCCUGCUCUACAGCGACGAUGACAGCAGUGGUGACUUCUUGGCAAUCAACCUGCUGGAUGGAUACGUGGAGUUCAGAUUCGACUGUGGUUCGGGAGGGGCUGUUUUAAGGAGCGAGGAGCAGAUUGAUAUGGACGCAUGGCAUGAGCUGAGGGUGUCCCGCACGGCGAAAAGUGGAAUCCUGCAAGUGGACAGUCAGAAGGCAGUGGAAGGCUUUGCUGAGGGAGCUUUCACGCAAAUCAACUGCAGCUCUGGACUUUACAUCGGUGGGGUAGCACUGUAUGAGAAAACCAAGAAAACGGCGGGCGUCAGGAAGGCCUUCACUGGAAUGAUUCAAAAGUUGGUUCUGAACGAUCGGACCAUUGACUUGACGAGCGGCUCAGCGAGUGGCGUCAAUGUGGCCAACUCGGAGCACCUGUGUGUUCAAAGCCCUUGCGCCAACGGCGGCACCUGCAGGCCUAAGUGGGACGCCUACGAGUGUGAUUGCCCCCUCGGAUACGACGGCAGACAUUGCCAGAAAGAGUGUGGAAACUACUGCUUGAACACUGUGACGGAAGCCAUUGAGAUCCCCCAGUUCAUGGGUCGCAGUUACCUCACGUAUGACAACAGGGACAUUGUCAAAAGGGUGUCAGGUUUGCGGAACAACGUGUUCAUGCGCUUCAAGAGCAGCGCCAGUGACGGCCUGCUGCUGUGGAGAGGAGACACCCCCAUGAGAGCCAAUAGUGACUUCCUGUCUGUCGGCCUGCGGGAUGGCACACUCAUCUUCAGUUACAACCUGGGCAGUGGUGCGGCAAGCAUCGUGGUCAACGGAACCUUCACUGAUGGGAAAUGGCACAGGCUCAAAGCUGUCAGGGAUGGUCAGUCCGGUAAGCUGACCGUGGACGAUUAUGGUGCCAAAACAGGCCGGUCGCCAGGCAAGAUGAGACAACUCAACAUAAACGGACCCUUAUAUGUUGGAGGCAUGAAGGAGAUUGCUCUACACACCAACCGGCAGUACGUAGGCGGCUUGCUAGGCUGUGUGUCGCACUUCACGCUGUCCACCGAUUACCACGUGGCGCUGGUGGAAGACGCCGCCGACGGCAAGAACAUCAAUACGUGCUCUACUUAGGACCACUGCAGCCACCUUUUCAGAACUUUUUCUGUCUCCAAAAA